AUGGCAUCUACGCUGUGUGGUUACAUAUAUUAUCUCCAAAUAUUUGCAGUGUACAAAGUACAAACAUCAGUGUACAAAGUGUUUAUGGAAAAUGAAGAUUACGACGAAGAUAUCUAUGAAGAAACUAAAUCCAAGGUUGUUUACAAAAGACGCUCCUCAGCUUCUGAAGUAAAAACGGACGAAGAAGAUCAUGAAAAAUCACGAAUGGGACGAUCAGACCAUUAUAAACGGAAGGACUCGCGAUCGGGACGUCCAGACUAUUCUAAACGAGAGGAGUCAAGAACGAGACAGCCAGAAUUUUCCAGCCACGAGGAUUCCCCUGUGGGAAGGCGAGAAUAUUCUAAACGCGAAAGUUCAGACGAUGAGAAGAAAUGGACAACGACUGCCACAAUAAACUUCAAAGGUAAAGAUGGUAAACGGAUUUCCCAAGUGGGCCAAAGGACAUCGAAAGAAGAAUCGCCGACGAGGAGAUGGAGUACCAGUGAAAAGCACGAUGUUCAAUCAGAUCCUCAAACAGAAUGGACUAGGACUGUUAUCAGAGAAUCAAGAAGUGCUACAGAUUUACAUUCCGGCUCGCGUCAUUCGCGAAAAUCAGAUUCCAAGUUUCAUAUUUCACCGAAGGUAGAAAAAGAUAGGAGGGGCAGGGCAGAAAGAGGAAAAAGGUAUCCUUACGAUGAAGAUAGUCUGCCUUCUAGAAGUAAGAGUAGAUUGUCCAAGACUGGAUUUUAUUACCCAGUGGAUAAGUGGGAGGUUGACUACACCAACAAGAAUUAUGUUCGAAGCAAGUGUGUGAAGCCUCAAGGCUUGCACCGAUACGUCUACGGAAGACCCUUCCAUUGGGAUAUUGAUUAUGACAAUAGAUACUAUUUAGUGAGCAAGGUGAACGUUCCCAGAGGUCUACAUAGACAAGGCCGUGAAUUUAAAAGAAAACUAGUGCCCGAUGAUGAUAUUCUUGCGGAUUCAACUGGCUGGCAAUUUGAGUAUGGACCAGAAUUUCAUCAAGUUGAAGGAGAUAUACCUUUUAACACUCGAGAACGUAUCGUUGGACAAGGAGGAUAUCGAUUUUAUGGCGUGAAAAGAAAUAAUUCUGAUUGCGAUCGAAAAAUUGAGGAAAGGCUAGAAAUAUACGUACAUUUAAAGGCAAAUACCUUUUACCCUUCCCCUUUCCAAUUCCAACCAUUUGAUGCAAAAUUUUAA